AUGGGAUGGCCGAGGCCGCUUAUCACCACCCAUUGCAAUGAUGAUGACAAUGACGAUGACAAUGACGAUAACCUCAAACCCGUGUUGCUUAACGAAUACAUCAAUCAUAUCUCGUCAGCCAGUACGGUGAUUUGUUCAUCUAGUUCCUUCUCGGAUCUCUCUACUCUACACGGCCAGUCCACAUUCCUCAGCUACAACAAAACCGGAGUUUCUUACCAAAACAAGUGCCUUGUGUCAGAUCAAAAAGGCGGCCGGCAUUGCGGACCUGCGCUUAUCCACAUGGGUACCCGACGCACAUUCCAGCGGUCGGCCGACCCAAGCUCUCUGAGUCUGUUCUCUGACCGUUAA